ACAGGCCAAUAUAAAACGCGACUAUGGCUGCCGUUGCCGCUUCAUUCCGUGUCGAGCCGCUCUCCUGGUCGAGCUCUCAGCUCUUCCUACCCCAACGUUAUCCAAUUUCCAAUUCCUGUUGAUGGGCUUCCGCAAUAAUACGCUAACACAUUCGUUAUUGCACAUCCGAAUACCGCGUAGGCCAACCGUCGAAUUGCUGAGCAUUUGGGAUCCCCGACGUUUUCUUGUGAUUCUCCAUUUUUGCUGAUCCUGGACAGCUGCGCACAAUGUCUACCAGUCCGUUGUUCUGCAUCAAACUGCUCGUCCUUAUCGUCGUCUUCAGGAUGGUCACUUCUGCCUCUUGGUUUGAUCCUGACCGAUGGCGUUACGGCAAGAAAACGUGCAAAUGUUCUUGUGGAGUAUCGAGAAAAGACGAGCACCGUAUCGUUGGCGGACGUCCUACCGAAGCCUACGAUUAUCCAUGGAUGGCUGGAUUGCUGUUCAAAGGCGCUCUCUAUUGCGGUGCCACCCUCAUCAACGACAGAUACGUCGUCACGGCCGCCCAUUGCGUCGACGGAUUGGAUAUGGAUUCUAUUCACGUUCUGCUGGGCGGCCACGACCUGGAAAACGUCAAACAGGAAGAACUUGAACUGAGGGCUGUCAUCCGCAUGGUGAAACAUCCGAAAUUUGAGGCCAAAACAUUUAAUAACGACAUUGCUAUCUUGCAAUUCGACGAACCCAUUCCCUUCUCUCGAUUCAUCGGACCCGUUUGUCUUCCUCAAUCCGAUAUUGAAUACGCCGGAAAGGUGGCCGUUGUAACCGGCUGGGGACGCGUGAAUGAAACGGGCAACAUUUCGCCCGUUCUCGCCCAGGUAGCCGUUCCUAUUUACACGAACGCCGACUGCCAAAAGACGAAAUACGGCGUCCAGGCCAUUACGGAGAACAUGAUGUGCGCCGGAUACGAUCACGGAAAACUCGACGCCUGUCAAGGCGAUAGCGGUGGGCCUUUGCAUUUGGAAGGCAAAGAUCACAAAAUUGAUCUGAUCGGCGUCGUGUCCUGGGGCCAAGGAUGCGGAAGGGUCGGCUAUCCCGGCGUGUACACGCGGAUGGGACGCUACUUGAAAUGGAUUGCCGAAAACACGCCGGACGCGUGCUAUUGCGGUCGACGUCAAGGGCGCAAUGGCGAUUAGCCACAUGCAAUGGAAUGUAAGCGGAAUCACACUUGGUCAAGCGUACACUUCCGGCCGGGAAAAAAUUGCAUAACGAGAGCAUGCAUAAACAACAACAGUAAUAAUGCACCAACUUGUUCGAUGCAUGUUUCGUGGCCAACAGCUGACUUGACGUGCCGGCCCACAGAGGCGAAUAAUUGCAUACAUUCUGCCUAUUUAGCCAGCAGCCUUCUGGGAAGAGAGGGUGCCGACUAUCGCAGACUUCCGCAUCGUUCAACCUUUUUUUUUUUUCUUUCCCUUUCUUCCUGUCUUAAAUUCUUUCCUUUAAAAAAAAAAACAGAAAACGAUUCUACCUUUUUUAGAUUUUUAGAUUAUUUGAUUAAGUUCUUGGUAUCGAAACAUGGAGGUCAUUUUUCCCCAGCCGUAAUUGUAGGGCGGUGACGUUUAUUUGAAUUCCAGGAAUUCAUGAUACGUUCUAGUCCAACUAACGCCUCUGAUCUCGAACCAUGUGACGGAGUUUGUUUCAAAGGACUUCCAACUAUGGUGUUUUGUUUUUUUGAUUUCACAGAAACGUAUUUCACAUUAUACGUACGAGGCUCUUUUGUAAAUAUAUGUCGUAAAUCACACAUUUCAUCGCUUGUGGGAAUUGUUGAUUACCAGGCCCGUUAUCUUCAUUUUUUUUUAAUGAAUAGGAUUGUGUGUCUUGUCCCGUUGUAGAUUCAACGUCUUUUUUUCCUCGUUAAUCGUUUAAAAGUUUAUUUUAGUUUUUUCUUUUCACAGUUUCUUCUGCAUUGGUUGUUCCGUAGUUUUUAGUUAGGACAUAGCUCAAAGGAAUGCAAAAUAUACGGAAAGUUUAAUUGAU